AGUUGCAAUCACGCAUGGGUUGGAGUGGUUGCAACUACAAAAAAAACUCCCCCGACCCGGGGUUGCAUGGUAAAAAUUAAUGUCUAUACAACGACCUCAACAACUGCGAGAGGAGGAAGCAUAGUCCAGUUCUAGCAGGAAAAAAGGAUUCACACUUUUACUAUCAAAACCCUUAGCGCGUGAAGGAUAAAGGCAGAGGGAAUCGUUGCAGCGGCACGAAACAAAACAAAAAAUCUGUGUUGGAAAAAACCAUACUCUACACAUUCAUCUUCAUCCAAGAAAAACACACAAAAAGCCUGUUUUGGAAAACAUGGCUUCUAUCCACGCCCAUUUCCAACUACUCUACUCCACGCCCAUUUCUCCUACUUGAGUGAACCAACAAAAAAAAUGCGUGCUACGCUCUAAAUCCAUAUAUACAGCCGUCCACAUCUCUGACUUUAAGCUGUCAAAAAUCAUAUAGCGUUCCUACGAAUCUGGCCAGAAAAAAACAUCUCUAAAAGAAAACCCUAGAACACGAAUCUUUACAAACAACAAAAGAAAAGAUAGAGGACGCACAAAACAGGCGGAUUCUUACUUCGAAAAUGCCGCCAGUGCCUGUCUCCCGAGUCUCAGCCGCCACCAAGAAGAAACGAAGGGACUGAAAAAGAGGGGCGAUGAGACACGGGCUUCGUAUAUCCUAUGCGUACUUGGGCUUCUCUGUCGAAAACUUACCGGGCUGGAAUGCAAGUGGGCUUCGUCAGCAAAAAAAAGGAAAACAAGCGUGUGACAAAGAAAAACAAAACAGACCGCGAGCGGGACAACAGAUGGGCUCCCGUCGCUACGAAGCUCUCCACCUGGACGGAGACACGAAUCGUGGCGCGGCUUAAUCAGACGGUCAGAAAAGUGAAUGAGACCAUUUUGUUUCUCAGCUGAAUGAGUUUUAGCAAAACCGAUAUUAUAUACUAGUACUAAUUAACACAGCCUUCAUCGGAAUACAAUCACCUCAUCUCCCUGCUCGGUACCCAAGGCGCGGCACAUUCAGAUUUUUGAGGGGUUGGAACAUUACUCCCUCUUGGCUGGGGAUCACAAGCGUCCACAAACACUUGUUUAUAAGUUCAACCUAGUGCCACAGUUUCUACUCCAUAUGCAAACAUGGUCGACUCCAGCUUCACCGAGUUCAAAGUUCAAACUCGACUACCCAGAAAUAAAAAACCAUGGCCUCAUCAACCCCCUCUCCAAAAGCAUCUCCGCGGAGGGAACGAGAUCCUCUAAUCACUAUAGCUGGAAGAUCGAAUGCUACUACUGGGAAGACGACGAAGACGUUGUCCUGGACCUCUCCCUCCACCUGGACAGCCAAUUCAACAGGUUCAAUGGCUUCUGCGAGGGCUUCCUGCGAAAUCGCCUGGAGUCGCGCUAUGUCAAGAACGGCGUGAUCACGCUCAUAUGUGGUGUCAUGGCUCUGCCCGGGAACUCCAUACCCGUGCCGGCCACGAACAUCGGCGACCAUCUCGGAAGCCUGCUGGAAUGCCCCGACGGCUCAGACGUCUCCUUCGUGGUCGGCGGCGAGACGUUCCGCGCCCACCGGGCCGUGCUCGCCGCCCGAUCGUCGGCGUUCAGAGCAGAGCUCUUCGGUUCCUUAGCGGAGGCCAAGAUGCAGUACAUCACAUUGCAUGGCAUCGAGCCAUCAACGUUCAAAGCUAUGCUUCGGUUCAUGUACACGGACAGAUUGUCCGUGUUGUUCGACCCCGAAAGCUUUUCCCCAACGGCACAACAGCUUCGGCGUGUGCUUGCAGCAGCGGACAGGUACGACCUCGGCAGAUUAAAGCUCAUGUGUGCUCAGGAGCUAUGGAACAUGGUAUCGGUGGAGACAGUCGCGACGACAUUAGGUUAUGCUGACAUGCACAACUGUCCGGAGCUCAAGAACAGGUGCCUCGACUUCUUCAUGGUGGGGGAGAACUUCACGAGAAUUGUGGUAACCGAGGGGUACCUGUGGCUCAUGCAACGCUUCCCGUCGGUUAUCGAUUAG